AUGCCCCUUGCUGCUCCCGUGUCCUCCCCAUUGCCGCCGGCCAUCGAACUCAAUGCCGGCGUUGACGCUUCCAUCGAUGAUACAAUCAAUGUGUUCGAUAAAAUGGGCACGAGGUCACAUUGUGAAGAUGGACUGGCAGGAUAUAAUUGCCUAUUGAUGGAGUAUGAAAUGUUAGUAGCAUUCCUUUUGUGCGUCUACCUGGUGGAGGAAGGCUCUUGCAUCAAAAUAAUUGUCAUGUAA